AUGAAUCCCCAGGGGGAAAAGGGUUUCCAAGAAUACCUGACAAGCCAGGGGACUGUGGUAAAGCCCUGCUGCUGGCAGAGACAGAACCACAUCUGUGCCAAGUGUCCCUACCACAUACGUACUGGCGAAGAGGCCAGAGUCCCUUAUGCAGACUUUCAUGGGAUCUUUGGCUUCCCCUAUGGAUCCAGAGCAGCUCUCCAGACCAAACACCUCCUUUUCUAUGAACUGAGGAGUUUUUCAGGCAGAGCAGUCCAAAAAGGCCAUGCUACAAACUGUACUGCCCAAGGCAGCCACCCUGAAUCUAUGCUGUUUGAGGCAGGUGGUUAUCUGGACGCAGUCACAGGCACCUGUGGAAACCUGAGUGGCAUUAUCCUCUAUUCCAACUACUCUCCUUGCAAUGAGGCUUUCCACUGCUGUGUGAGUAAAAUCUACAACUUCCUGCUGAAGUAUCCAGAAAUCAAACUCUGCAUUUACUUCUCCCAGCUUUAUCACACUGAGGACAGUUUCCCCACUGCUGCGUGGAACCGCGAAGCUCUGCGGAGCCUCUCCAGCCUGUGGCCUCAGGUGACCCUGCAGAGGCUGCCCGAGGGGGCAUGGCCUUACCUCCUCUGCAAUUUCGUGUAUGGCAUCCCAAGGUCAGUCCUUUGUCACCUAACUCCACCAUCAAAAACCUCAGCAGAUCAACAAAAUCCACAUCUAACCAACGACGUCAUGGGAACAAAAGCGUAUUGGAGGGAAGCCUCUCCACCAGGGAUGCAGGCAAAGCCUGCUGCGGGGCAGAACUUAAGGGGCUUUUAUUCCCCUAGCCUGGCCUGCCAACAGCCUUUCCAAAGCACAAAAGGCAGUUUGCUACCUCCCACAUCUCAAAACCACCUGCUGCUUUACCCAGGCAUGGUUUUGCCCUUUCAGAAAGAACAUCUGCACCCCAAACCCAAAAAUAUUGUAAGGCAUUUAAGAAUGCCAAAGAAAUAA